AUGAUAUCCGAAGAAACGACCCGCUCCCUGCAUAUGAUUGAGGGUCCAAUUGGACUUCUUUUAAACCUCCUGGCCCUCUACCUGAUCGCAACAAAAUCGAAGAAUAUGGGAGGAAAAUAUCCACAUCUCCUGUUCGCUUUCUGCAGCUGUAAUUUGGCGCUGAUCGUUAUUGAUAUGUUGACAUUACCGGCAAAUCUCGUUUCCGGUCAAACUUACUUGCUGUUUGCGCACCGAACCGUACUUGGGGAUCGCCAGCUGACGUAUUGGCUUCUUUUGGCCUAUUGCUGCACUUUCGCCCAAAUCUUAGUGCUUUUGAUGUUCCAGUUUAUGUAUCGCUACUCUAUUGUGGAUAGAAAUUCCUUCUUCGGGAAGCAAAAAGUACCGCGGGUUGUUUGCCUUUGCGUCGGGCUGUCGGUGUUGGUUUGUACCCUCUGGACGCUCGACGUGCACAUUUUUAACAAUGCCGUCACCGCGGAACCUUCGGUUUAUAUGGCGCUGAGCAGCGCGUUUAGUCAAACAUUUGGAAAGGACCUUGUUAAUUUUGCUGCUACUGGGAAUAAUUUUUCGCCAUCUCAAAAUCCGCACUACCUCCGCACCUACCUGGUGACCAUCUUCCUGGUGGUAAUCCUGGGAUGCACUUGGAAUAUCAUCAUCUUGGCCGGAUACAAAAUCUAUCGACUCCUCUCACAGAAUGUAAUGGCGAGCAAAACGACAAAGCGGCUGCAGAAGGAGCUAUUUCAUGCUCUGGUAAUUCAGCUCCUGAUCCCGCUCUUCUGUAGCUACAUCCCGUUGGGAUGCAUAUUUUCGUCAGCCAUGCUUGAUCUACCGAUCGAUAUUUCUUUCGCCUGUAUUCUUGUGCUUAUUGACCCGAUUCUGGAACCCAUCGCCAUUAUUUACUUGAUCAAGUGUUAUAGAAGGGCCAUUAUCGGGUGGAUUCGGAAGACGAAGGAAGAACCGGUGGCCACGAUUUCGAAUACCUCCCAGUCCGGCCCGAUCUCUACGACGAAGCGCCAUACAAAAAAUAAUGAAACAAAUCCGUUGACUAAU